CAGAGUGUUAGGUAUAGGCAAGAAGCUCGGCAAUGAGAAGUAGUAAAAAUACAGCGCAUCAGUUCCCUAUAUAACGGAAACAAAAUUCAUAUGAACGUGUAUUAAGGGUCUUAAGAAGAAAAAUGAAAACCCUAACAAUGGAAGUUGCAAGAGUACAAGCAAUAGCGUCAAUAACAAAAUGCAUGGACACAAUUCCAUCAGAAUACAUACGGUCAGAGAACGAGCAGCCCGCAUCCACAACGUUGCAUGGUGUGGUUCUUCAAGUUCCAGUAAUCGACAUAGACGAUACAAAUGUAGUGAAACUCAUAUCGGAUGCUAGCAAAGAGUGGGGGAUCUUUCAAGUGAUAAAUCAUGGAAUUCCAGAUGAGGUUAUUGCGAAUUUGCAAAAAGUAGGGAAAGAGUUCUUUGAGGUUGUACCACAAGAGGAGAAAGAAGUGAUUGCAAAGACUCCAGGGUCGCAGAAUAUUGAAGGGUAUGGUACUUCUUUGCAGAAGGAACUUGAAGGGAAAAGAGGUUGGGUUGAUCAUUUGUUCCAUAAGAUUUGGCCUCCUUCUGCCAUCAAUUAUCGUUAUUGGCCUAAAAGCCCUCCUUCCUACAGGGAAGCAAAUGAGGAGUACGCAAAGAGGCUGCGAGAAGUUGCGGAGAAGAUCUUUAAGAGCUUAUCACUUGGGCUUGGGUUAGAAGCCCAUGAAAUGAUGGAGGCAGCAGGUGGUGAAGAAAUAGUUUACUUGUUGAAGAUCAAUUACUACCCACCAUGCCCAAGGCCCGAUUUGGCACUUGGAGUUGUGGCCCAUACAGACAUGUCCCAUAUAACCAUUCUUGUCCCAAAUGAAGUCCAAGGCCUCCAAGUGUUCAAGGAUGACCAUUGGUAUGAUGUCAAGUACAUACCAAAUGCCCUAAUUAUCCACAUUGGUGACCAAGUUGAGAUUCUUAGCAAUGGGAAAUACAAGAGUGUGUACCAUAGGACAACAGUGACAAAGGACAAGACAAGAAUGUCAUGGCCAGUUUUCUUGGAGCCACCAUCAGAGCAUGAAGUUGGGCCAAUUCCUAAGCUGGUUAAUGAGGCCAAUCCACCAAAAUUCAAGACCAAGAAGUACAAGGAUUAUGUCUAUUGUAAGCUUAACAAGCUUCCUCAGUGAAGAAACUCCUCUAUAUAUGUUUGGCAGCGAUUAGCUAGUAUGUUCGUGAAUCGUGAGUAUUAUAUUAUAGUUUGUACUAUCCUUACCAAGAGAUAUUGUCUUAUUAUUAUAAAGGACUAUAUGUUUAGACUUAAAACUUUUUGGUACUAGCUAAUAACUGACUUAUUAAUACUUUAUUUACAUGUAAA